AUGACUACUGAAGCUAGCACAGACUUGUGUGAGCUGUUUGCUCGGGUAGUUGAACAAUUCCCACACAACCUCGCAGUAGACCACCCAGAUGGACGGCUGACCUACCGAGACCUUGACGAGGUCUCCUCAACCCUUGCAAAUGAUUUACGGGGUCUUAACGUAUCCGAAGGUUGUCCUGUCCUCCUCCUCACGGCUCACGGGACUCUCAAUAUUGUCGCCAUCCUGGCCAUCCUCAAGACGGGAGGCUUCUUUGUCCCCAUCGACCGCAACACAUGGUCACCGGAUGCUAUCAGAUAUGUGUUCGAUACUGUUGACAGCCAGGUUGCUGUCAACACCACGCCCGAGCCUUUCACCCCGCCAGACGGACGAUCCUACCAUGUCCUGCACCUUUCCCAGCUUCCACCGGAUCAUCAUGGUCAGUUUGACCAUACAUUGCCGCCGGUCUUCCGCUCGACCCCGGCAGAACGAACUGCCUGUACUAUUUUUACCAGCGGCAGCACCGGUCGAGCAAAAGGCGUCAUGAUCUCUCACCGAUCCCUUGCCUUGUACGCAACAAUGAGCCCAGCCAACCUCGGCAUCCAGCCGGGAGAUCGGCUGCUCCAUCUUCUCUCGGUUGCAUUUGACGCUUCCACAUGCAUCCUCUUCUCCGCCCUACUGAACGGCGGCACGGUCGUCCCUGCAAAGCCGGAUCAGGUUUACGACCUAAGCUCGUCUUGCACCGUCAUGGCGUCGACACCAUCGCUCUUGAACCAUUUACCGAGACCAAAACCAGGCCAAGGCAGCCUGAUGUACGCCAGGAUGCACAGCAUCCUGCUCGGUGGCGAGACAUGCACUUCCGAGCUGCUCGAGCCGUGGGUCGAUGCGGGCGUGCGUGUCUGGACAGCGUACGGCGCCACCGAGACCACAUCCAUGGGCUUCAUACGCAAGGUUGAGCGCGAUGCGCUGACGGGUGACAUUGAGCUUGCCGUGAUUGGAAAGCCCAUGGCACUGAGCCAGGUCUGGCUCCUCGACGGCGACCUCGGCAUCGUUGAGGACGAUUUCGCCGAGGGAGAGAUCGUCAUCGGCGGCGAGGGCGUGGCUCAGGGGUACUACAAGGACGAAACCAAAACAGCCGACGCCUUUAUCUGGUGGAACGGGCGACGCGUUUACAAGACUGGCGAUUACGGUCGCUGGGUUCCGGCCCGGGGUGUCAGCCAGGACAGAGUCUUUGAAUUUCGCGGCCGCAGAGACCGGACGGUCAAGAACAGGGGCUUCCUGGUGAAUCUCGACCGCGAUGUGGAGGACUGUCUCUAUCGUGCCGGAGCCUCACUCGGCGUGAGGUCUGUUCGGGCGGCAAUGGCCGAGAACGGAAUUGUGGCUGUUGUCAGCCCAUCGUGGGUCGACACGACGGCGUUGCUCACCCGGGCAAAACACAGCAUGUACGCUUACUGCAUCCCGUACCGCGUAGUCGCAGUCGACGACUUCCCCCUUUCACCGAAUGGCAAGGCGCAGCUGAGGAACAUCCUGGACAUCUUUGUCGCCGUCGACCAGGCGAGGAUGGACCAAACACCUAAUGCCACAAUAGGCAAAGAAACAAGGACGCUGACCGACUCCGCAGGAAAGCAGCCUGAGGAGCCUGUGAAAGCACAAGGAAAGUUGGAAAAGAUUCUCCGGGCCGCCACCGAGGUCCUCCGACAGCCUGGCGAGGAGCUCAGGAAGAUUCGUCCCGAGCAAACAUUCGUCGAGGUCGGGGGAUCCUCACUCCUGGCGCUAAAGCUCGUUUCUUCCCUUCGCCAACUGGAUCUGAACGUUUCGGUCCGAGACCUCUUUGCAUGUCACACUUUCUCCGACAUUGCCGAGCUUGCCUCGGCAACGACGACUCUCUCUCAAGGUACCGCCAACUUGAACCUGGGCAAGGACUCAGAGGCAACCCCCGAGUUGCCGCGAAUCCCGGCCAAUCUCACUGCACAGGUCCGCACUGCGCUGAAUCUGGCCGCCGAUGAGGAUAUUGAGGUGGCCCCCCUGACAAGUCUGCAGCUGGAGCUCGCGAUUCCCACCCUGACCGAUACAUCCCGGAGCGUCAACCAGGUCCGACUGAGUUACAAGGGCGUGUGGGCGGGCGCGAUAGAGAGGGCAUGGCGUGCCUCCUGGCAGAGCGAACCCGUGUUCAAGGCUCAAAUCUGCUUGGAUGUGGCAUCUGGCGUGCAGGUUGUGCGCAAACGGGGCCCCAAGGCGCCCACGCGUGUGGUGUUUCACUCUCGCCAGGAGUAUGAUACGGCCGUCAGCGGGUCGAGCAUGGCUGUUGGUCUGGGUGCCAGGUUAGACUUUCUAGCCUACCAGCCGCCCGGAGUCGCGUCCGAUGAAACGAGUGGAACGGACGAAGAAAGUCUCACCAUCGUUCUCACGGUCCACCACAGCUUGAUGGACGGUUGCUCAUUGAAGCUGCUGCUAGACAAGCUUGAGCAAGCCGCUCUUGGAUGGCCCUUUGGGACUAGCCCUUCCCCAGUGCACGCCAACCUUGCACUCAUCAGUACCCAGCAGUCCCGGGAUGCCGAGGCCAGAGCAUUCUUUCAUAGCUACUUGAAGGACAUGCCACUACCCCUUCCCAGCCGGAGGAGCAGCGCAGCAGCUGAGAGACAGCACCACGGCAUUGCAAAAGCCGCAGUGUUCGAGCCUUCGGUAGAUAUCGACGAGGUGACAGCCUUCGCGAGCAGGCACUGUGUAUCCGCGGCAUGCGUCUACUACACUGCCUGGGCAAUGGCCGUGAGUGUCUUUGAGAGAUGCCCGCAAGUGGUGGUCGGGGCUGUCUUCUCCAGCCGGGGUGCCCUGCCGGCUGAACACGAGGAUGCGCUUGGUGUGUACAUGUCGACACUUCCUCUCGUGUUUCGCUUUGAGGACACGGAUGAGACUGUGGUGGCCAGACUGCAGCAUACAAUGGGCGACCUCACAACGGUGGGCGAGUACGCCUGGGCAAGAUCAGACCAAGUCGGUCUGGGCCGAAAUCUCCGCAAUCUCCUCUCGAUGCAGCUACCGCUGCCGGGCGAGCAUUCACGGCCGCCAGCCGUCCGGGCCGAGUCCCUUGUGAACAUUGACUUCCCUCUCAGCAUGCUCGUUGAAGCAAACGGUUCGCUCCGCCUCCUAUACGACGAGACGCAGUUCGACACGACAACAGUACGCCGGCUGGGCGAGCACUUCAAAUACGCCCUCUCAGGCCUCAUUAGAGAACACCGCGUGGAGGACUGCAUGAGAAUAAGCCGGCUGCAUGAGACAUUAUUCAACCACACAGAGGGUGUGGGCAUCGAGUCCGACGAGCGGUUCACAGUGAAGCGGGCGCUGGAAGAAGCCAUGGACCAGUUUGCCGACCUGCCGGCACUUGAGGACUGCUCCGGAACGACGGUGCUUAGUUACGGCGAGCUUGACAGACUGACAGAGACCAUUGCUCACCAGAUCAACGCGCUAUAUGGUGAUAUCAGCCAGAACAACAGACCCAUUGCGGUACAUGGCGACGGGUCCGUUGACUGGGUUUUGGGCACUCUGGCGGUAGUCAGGACCGGCCGCACCUUUGUUCCGCUGGAUCCCAAGUGGCCCGUCGGCCGCAGAGCUGCGGUAUGCGAACAGAGCGGAGCGACUGCGCUCAUACUGGUGCCGAGGGCAUCGCAAGUCGGGGAAGCACCGGCCAUCCCAGGGAUGAGAGUGCUCGCAGUGGACAGCAUUCUCAGCAGCUGCGCCGAGCCCGGUAGUAACACCCCAGGACCGCUUGAUGAUGCGCCGUCUCCUGAUGACUUGUUGACGAUUGUCUUCACCUCAGGCACAACCGGUGCCCCCAAGGGCGUGCCCCUAUCACACCAGGGUUUCCUGGCACUGCAAAGCACCCCCGAGGGCCGCAUGUUUGCAGCCCCGGGUCGGCGCGUUGCGCAGUUUAUGUCGCCGGCGUUUGACGUGUGCAACGCUGAGAUGUUCUCGACGCUGCUGCACGGAGCCACCUUGGUCCUGCGUGACCCCCUGGACCCCUUCGCCCACCUCGCCAGGGUCAACACGGCGAGCAUGGCGCCCUCGGUGCUGGCAACCUUGGAGCCAGACCGAUUCCCUAACCUGGAAGUGAUUUAUGCCACCGGCGAGGCUCUUACGAGCGGGCUGAUGAGUCGGUUCGCGAAACGAGUGCUCCUCUACGACGCGUAUGGGCCUGCAGAGUGCACCAUCUGGUCGUCGAUGACACGAAUGAUUCCUGGGGACCGCCUCACAAUCGGAACGGGACUCGACACGGCUCGCAUGUAUGUUCUCGACCAAGAUCAGCAUCACUCGCCGGACAGCACCCGCGGCGAGAUCUACAUCGCAGGCGUCCAAGUCCUGAGCAGCUACAUCAACUCGCCCGAGCAGACGGCCGAACGCAUUGUGCCUGACCCCUGGCACCCUGGCCACCGCAUGUACAAGACGGGCGACUACGGAAUACGAGGUCGGGACGGCCGCAUCGUCUUGCAGGGGAGAAUCGAUCGUCAAGUCAAGAUCCGCGGCUUCCGCGUCGAGCUUCCCGGGGUCGAGCAGGCCAUUCGAUCCGGACCAGCCGACGAGGGCAUUUCGCAGUGCGCCGCGAUGGCCAUCCACGACACGCUCGUCGCAUUCGUCGCCUUGGACCAUAACCACCCUGAUCCGCACGAGGAGCGCAUCGCUCGUCUUCGUGACAGGCUUGCCGACACCCUGCCCCCUUCCUGGGUGCCCCAGAUCAUCCUUCCCCUGGAAGACGGCUUUCCCAGAACGGCUAAUGACAAGGCGGAUACCCGGGCUCUGGAGGCUGCCUAUGCGAGUAGAGUGGCCUCACAUCAAUCACCGUCGAUAGAGACGCUCUCCCACGUCAGGGAUGAACUGGCUACACAGUGGCGACGCGUUCUCCAGCUACAACACGAUACGCCGAUCAAGGACUCUGACGACUUUAUCUCCCUCGGAGGCCAUUCGGUGCUGCUCAUGCUGCUUGCGACUCGGCUGAGUGCGACGUUCGGAGUCAUCAUCUCGGUUCACCAUCUCGUGACCACUCCUUCAUUCCAAGGUCAGGUGGAACUCGUCGAGCGCCUCCUUGUGCAACUCGAGGGUGACGAAGGCAAGACCUCGCCAGAAGAACUGAAGAUUGCCACAUUACCCACCGAGGAGCUGACCGAGCUGGAGAGGUUGGUCUGGUUCCAGUGCCAGGUCGCCCCCAAUCCAGCGGUAUUCAAUAUUGCCAUGGCCCUGAACCUCCAAGGCAGCGUUGAUCUGCAGAGACUGGAGUGUUCUCUUAAUGUGGCCCUCGCUUCUGACCCAGUCGUGCGCUCCAACUUUGUCGGAGGACCAGACGGCCUACGGAGACGGCUGCGCGAGUCGGCCCCCAAGGUCCGCCGAUUUGUAGAGCUCAACGAGGAGGCAGAGGCCAGCCGUCGUUUCGACCUGAAGACCGACGAGCUCAUCCGUGUCUACAUGGUGGCGCCCUUGGACACGGCAAACGAAGCGCGGUCCGUUCGGCUCCUCAUCGUCACGACUCAUGUCAUCGCCGAUCUGGGCACACUCCAGAAUCUGCUCCAGCUCGCCUCCACUGCUUACUCCAAGACUACCGCGGCCGUAGCUAUUUCAAAACACGAGCGACCAGUCCAUCUUGACUCGGACCGAUGGACACAACAUCCCUCGCUCGAGGCCCAAGAGUUCUGGAAGACCUACCUAGGCGGACACUGCUAUCACGCCAACAAGCCACCCAUCCUGCCGUCUUCGUCGCAAACCCUCUUUCAAGGCACCUCCCAGACCUAUCCUUUCAGCGGCCGCCUCGUCACCCCCCUGAACGCGUUGCUCCGCCGACUCGGAGUCACACACCACCAGCUAGCGCUCACAGCCGCCGCGCUCACCAUGCAGUGGCUAUCACGCAAGACAGGGAACGAGCAGGACGACAUCGUCCUGGGCGCCCCCUACGCAGGCCGCUCCUCGCCCGCGGAGCGGCACCACGCCCUGGGCCAGUUCCUGGACCGGCUUCCCGUGCGGGUGAGGUUGGGCGACGGCAAGACCACAACGACGACGACAACGACGACAACGACAACGACGCUGUUAACUCGCGUCCGCGACUCGGCCUGCAAAGCCCUCGCCAACGCCAUCCCCUUCAGCGCCAUCCUCGCGGCGCUGGACUACCCGCGCGGAGGGCUCCGCCACUCGCUGUUCGAGUGCAUGGUGACGUUCCACGCCCGCGGCGCGGGGCUGGAGCAUUGGAUGCAGCUGGGCCCUGCACCUGCACCACAUGGCGGCGGCGGUGGUGGGGGUGGCGUGUCGGUGACGUCGACGCCCGUGUUUGUCCCCGGCGUGGCCAAGUUCCCGCUGAUGCUGGAGUGGUUCGAGCGCGGCGGCUGUGAGGAGGCGGAUGACGGCUGGAUGCUGCAUAUGGAGCUUCAGCAUGUUGACGAGGAUGCGGAGAACACGCGCCGCCUCGCUGGUGUUUUGAAGGACGCGCUGGAGAUGGUUCUUCGGGCUGUGGCUGACGAGUGCUCGAUCGUGGAGCUUAGGAGGAGGUUGGACGGGCUGCAGCUCCCGGACGGCAUGCCGUGGGCGAUCAACGGCGAGCCGGCGGCUGAUGAUCGAAGGGAUGUGUAUUAUGGCUACCUUCGGCCAGAAGUGGUCGAGCUCGCCUCCAAGAUUCGAGACGAGAUGCUUGGCUGCCUGGGGGAUACGGGCAUGGGGUCCAAGACCCAAAUCCUCACUCGAAAGCUCCGAAAGGCCCUCGGUACGUCGUUCUUCGAGGCUGGAGCGGAUUCUGUUCACGCACUUAUGCUACGUCACCGACUGCGCGAGAGCCUGGGUCUUGACAUGUCGCUGCGAGAUGUCUUUGUCGCCCAGAGCCCCCUGGGGCUUGCGCAGCGAGUCCUUCAAUGAUUCAGCCCGAGUCAUCGCUUACUUGUUCUCUUUAUUUUUCUAUUUGCCUCGACUUUUUCUUUGUUUGGGUCUCAUGGCUUCCCAUUUUCCCAACUCUAUGUAUUUUCGGAACAAGGACAACAGCGAACAGAAC